UCUGAAAUGGAAUUUAGGGAAUUUAUUUGGUACUUGCUCUACCUCUAUAUCUUCUAUAAAACCCUUGGCUGGGUCUAUUUCUUGAUCAUUGCAUACCAGAAUUACCAAAAAGGACAAAGGAUCCGUAAAGAAAGAGAUAGCAAGAUUUAUGACUUCCCAGAAGAGAAUAAGGAAGUUCUUGUUUGCACAACUAUCCAAGAGCUUGUUGAUGGUCAGAUCUCGGGAAAAUUCACAGCUACAGAUAUAGUCAAUACUUUCGCUAAGAGAUGAUACAUAAUUGGCAGGAAGUACAACUAUACUUGUGACGAAAUGUUUGAAAGAGCCCUCAAAGAAGCAGAAGAGAAGGAUACUCAGCUCCAGUCUCUUCUGGAUCAAGGUAGAGAUCCUAGGAAUGCUCUUGGCAAGCUUCAUGGUGUUCCUUUUUCAGUAAAGGAUCAUAUCUGGGUUGAAGGUACUAUCUCAUCCCUUGGUGUUUCUUCGAUGGCUGAUAAUGUGAGGAAUAAAGAUACUUAUAUAGUGCAAGCUUUGAGAAAAGAGGGAGCAAUCCCUCUUGUAAAAGGUAACACUCCUGAAGGAUGCUUCAGCUUCCACACUACUAAUUAUAUCUGGGGUGAAGCAAAGAAUCCAUGGGAUACAUCUAGAACAUGUGGCGGAUCUACAGGAGGUGACUCAGCUCUGGUUGCAUCUGGAUGUAUCCCAUUUUCCAUUGGUUCAGAUAUGAUGGGUAGUCUACGAGUACCAGCCUUGUUUUGUGGAAUUUACUCAUUAUUUCCAACUCUAAAGAGACUUUAUGCUAAGAGAGCAGAUACUUACCUUCAAGAUAACAUUUUUAAUUUCGAAUUAAUGAAAUAUGCACUUGGACCGUUAGCAAGAAAUGCAAGUGAUCUGACCCUUCUAUCCGAAAUUAUCUUUUCUGAAAAUGUUUAUGGAGAAUACAGAAGAUAUCCUAAAAUUCCCUUCAACAAGACUCUUCAUUCAAACAACAACAAUCUCAAAAUAGGAAUUCUUAAUGACGUUGGGAAAUUAUCGGCUCUUUCCAAAACAGCUGAGAGAUCAAUCGAAAUUACCGCACAGAUUCUAGAAGACAAUGAACACGAAGUUGCAAAUGUCGACCUCAUUGAAGACGUCAAGGAGCAGUCUCAAAUGAUGCUUCUCUGCGGCAUCUACACGUUCACAAUUCCUUUAAGAAAUAUCUGGCUGAAAUCCAAAGAUAUUGUGAAUCUAAACACUUUCUCUAGUAUAAUUUUGGGAUAUACCCCAAAAGUUAUUAUCAAAAUAGUUGCAGUUAUUCUGAAACUCUUUGGAGAAAAGAGGAACUCUUUUCUCUUGAAGUCCACAAUUGAGCCAUCUGCUCAAGACAUCAUGGACUUUACCAUGAAGAGAGAUCAAAUGGUCCAGAAGACAGUUGAGAAGUGGAAGGAAUUAAAUCUAGAUGCUUUAAUUGUUCCCACAUAUCCAAUUCCUGCAUUCAAGAGGGACAAUUUUGAGAUGAUCAAGCUAAUGCCAGGAGGAUAUAGGCUCUCAUGAUUUUGGGGAUUUCCUUCAGGGUUUGUACCAAUAACUACCGUUAGAGAGGAUGAGCAAGAAUAUAUUGAUGCUAAUCAUAAUGACAGUAUUUCAAAUGCAUGUGCUGAGUCUAUGAAAGAUUCAAAAGGAAUGCCAAUGGGUGUUGAAGUAAUAUGCAUGCCUUAUAAGGAAGAACAGGUACUCAGAAUUAUGGAAUUGCUUCAAAAGGAUUCAAAAUUUCACGUCAAAAAUCCAUAUCCUGAUAUUCACUAAAGUUUUGUUUCAAUUUAA